AUGCUCAACGUCCGCGUCCGCCUCCAAAUCGGCGCCGAGACAAAGUCCAGCUUUCCUGUGACCCAUGCAGACGCCGGAACAUUUUCUCCCAACUCCGUUGUUGCGCCGGGGCAAUCCACUAGCCUCCAUGGCAGAAUUGCUGAACUAGAGAAUCUUGUUGUGACGAUGAUGCAAGACCAUACGCUCCCAACUCCGCCUGCAUCGAACUCGCUAUCAUCCACCGAUGUGUUCAAAAACUUUCAAGAUGGAAGAGCAUCCCUAGCAGACCCUGGUACCUUGGAGUUGCGCAGGUCUGGCGCCAGCUAUGUCCAGAGUGUUCAUUGGGAGGCCAUUCUUACCAGAAUCAGAGGACUGAAGGAGGACUUAGUCAUUGAUAGCAAGGCUCCACCAGGCUCACACUUGUUCUAUGGCCCAAACCGGCAUGCAAGUCAAGAUGAAGUACUGGCAGCGGUUCCUCCUCGUCCAGUCGUUGAUCGCCUGAUGGCCCUUCACUUUGACUCCUACAUUGUCACCCAGUAUCUCAUUCAUCGCAAGAAAUUUCUCCGAGAGUACGAAGCCUUCUGGGAUAAUCCAUCUGCGACCUCUAUCGCUUGGGUUGGUCUUAUGUUCUCCAUGUUAUAUAUCUCUGCGCAGUUGCAAACCUUCGCCAUUGACACCACCGACGGACGGGCCGCAUCGCUCAAGACGGAAUGUCUUAAUAUGAAGGAUGCAUUUCGGGAGAGGGCCAUUCAGUGUCUUAUAUUGGCCAGGUACACGACGGGAGGACCAUAUAUCCUGGAAAGCCUUAUAACAAUCCUGACUGGAGAGUUUGUACUGCUGAAAGAUAACGCUACGGAUGGUUGGCUCUUGGUAAGUAUGAUACUUCACAUUGCAGUCCGUAUGGGUUAUCAUCGGGACCCCGAUCACUUUCCCGGAAUAUCUCCAUUCGAGGGUGAGAUGCGCAGACGCAUAUGGACCACAAUUCUACAAUUAGAUAUAUCCCUCUCCUUGGAAAUGGGCCUCCCUCGAAAUGCAACGGACACGAACAUCGAUACAAAACCGCCUCACAACCUGCAUGAUUGUGAUUAUGACGAGGACACGAUUAAGAUGCCCCCACCAAAGUCAGAAUCAGAAUGGACACCGGUGCUCCCUCUCAUUGCCAGAGCGCGGCUGAUAACAGCCCUCGGCUUGAUUUGCGAUCUCAACACCCAUAUUAAUCCGCCUUCCUACGACGAGGUCAUCAAGGUCGACACACUUCUUCGAGACGUAUACAGUCGUUCUAUUCCGCCCCUGCUACGCUGGGGAACUGGGCCACACCCCAUCACAGAUAGUCCAAACAUUGUGGUACAACGGGUAAGCGUAGAAACGACUUACCACAAAUCACGCAUCCUCCUCUACCGGAGAGCUUUGAUCAACUACCCAGUCGGACAGACUCAAGAGCGGGACAGGGAGUCGGUGGGAAUAUGUCUAGAUUCCGCGCUAGAAAUUCUAUCUUUUCAACAGAUGCUUCACGACGAGUCUCAGCCAUUUGGUCGUUUGUCCCAGCUAAGAUGGAAAGUCGCACAUAUUUUCAAUCAGGAUGUUCUCCUCGCAACGAGCGUGCUCUGUCUUUACCUUCAAGACGUCGAUAAAUUUGAAUUACCUACGAAUGCUAUGGGACAGCCGGCGUGCCCACCUAGAGCUGAAGAAAUUCGACAACAACUCAUAAAGUCGCACAAGAUAUGGCUUCAAAUGAGUACGACAUCUGCGGAAGCCGGUAAAGUAGCAAAGGCUUUGAGUAUCGUCAUUGGGACCACGGAAGAGUCUAUCGAGGACAAUAGCGGACCCACUUUUGACAACUUCUCAACGGAUUUUGAUGCCAUACCUCUGAAUGGAUUUGGCGCGUCGUUCAACAAUCAUUAUUUCCAUCCUGGCUUCUACUCUCCUCUUGCAUUCUUUGAUAAUGUACUGGAAACGGAGGGAGUAUGA